AUCUCUCUCACUGUUGUUUUCUUGUUUCUUUAGAAUCGCAGUUUUUUGCUCUCUUUGUAUAGAAAGUCUCUGGUGGUUUGUAAUUUACACGGAGUAACCGAAUGGAUAAAAGUGGGUUUUGUAAUUCUUUAAGUACAAGCCACUAAUUUUUGUGAGCACUAAGCAAGACUAAUCUAAGAUUAGUAAUCUUAAUGUAGUCUUUUGUGUUCUUCAAAAACGGUGUCGUUUAAGUGGUUUUCUUUUACAUUUUCCAUACUUGGUAAAUUUAUCUUUUGAUUUUCUCUCGAGUAAAAAUUAUAUAACUCAGACUGUUUGACACACAUAUAAAAUCUUCUUGCAGAGAUUGUUACAUAUUCCAGUAACAAUUACAUGUGUAAAUAUUUUGAAGAUUAUUCCCUGAAUAAAAUCUUAAAUUAAUCACCAAAAACCUUAAUAUUUUUUUUUAAUUGUUGCGCCGACGUUUAUGGCAUGACCAAUGUGUCACUUUUCUACGCCUCUCUUUCUAUUUUAUUUUGUUGCUUUCUCUUCUUCUUCAACCUUUCUCCUUCCUUUUUUUUUCUCAGAUUGUCACGAAGUGUCACUACUUCGUUCAACAUUUUAAACAUUCAUCUUUCUCAUUUCGCUAUUCGUCUCUCCUCAACUUUAGUAAUGAGUAGGCAUUUUCUGUUUCUGGGUAUUAUCAUUCUUCUCUUCUCUGCGUUUGUUGCUUCAGCUCCUUCAUCAACUUCACCUGCGAAGAUUGUUAAUAGUUUCAUCUCAAAUCAUGGCACUUCCUUAUUGAAAUGGUUAUGGUCUCUCUCUUUCAAAACCACCACUAAAACAGGUUCCUUUGAUAAUUUUUCCUCUCUUCACGGAUUUAGGGUUGUAACAGUUUGAUUCUGGGUUUUUGAUUUCCUUUUCUGUUUGAUGCUAAUCAGCUGUUCCUACGAAAUCGAUGGUGAAAUUCGAAAAUGGGUAUUCAGUGGAAACGGUGUUAGACGGAAGCAAACUCGGUAUCGAACCUUAUUCUAUUCAGGUCUUAUCCAAUGGCGAAUUGCUUAUUCUGGAUUCUCAGAAUAGUAACAUUUACCAGAUUUCAUCUUCUCUUUCCCUUUAUAGCAGACCCAGGCUAGUUACUGGCUCCCCUGAAGGAUAUCCGGGUCAUGUGGACGGUAGAUUAAGGGACGCGAGGUUGAACAAUCCUAAGGGACUCACAGUUGAUGAUAGAGGAAAUAUCUAUGUUGCAGAUACUGUGAAUAAUGCUAUCAGGAAGAUCAGUGAAGCAGGAGUCACAACCAUUGCUGGGGGGAAAAUGGUUCGUGGGGGAGGUCAUGUGGAUGGUCCAAGUGAAGAUGCAAAGUUUUCAAAUGAUUUUGAUGUUGUUUAUCUCGGGAGCAGUUGUUCCUUGCUAGUCAUUGACCGAGGAAACCAAGCCAUCAGAGAGAUUCAACUCCAUUUUGACGACUGUGCUGAUCAGUAUGGAAGUGGCUUUCCUCUGGGGAUUGCAGUUCUUGUAGCGGCAGUUUUCUUUGGCUAUAUGCUGGCCUUGUUGCAACGUAGACUCAGUUCUAUCGUUUCAUAUCAUACUGAUCAAGAAGUGUUUGAAGCUGUGCCUGAUCAAGAUCCUAUAAAACCGGUCAGACCACCGCUAAUUCUAACUGGAGACGAGCAAGAAAAACAAGAAGAAAGCUUCCUUGGAACGUUGCAGAUAUUCAUUUCAAAUGCUUGGGUGUUUUCUGUGGAGCUGUUCAGUGGAAUGUUUCCCGGUCUCAGAAAGAAGCAGACAGUCGGCUUGAACUUCAACCAUCAAGAAACAAAGCAUUCUGCUUUUAGCACAACUUCAUGGCCAAUUCAAGAAAGCUUUGUAAUACACAACAAAGAUGAACCACCUCCCGUCGAGUCCAGGAACGCCACUCCUGGAAAAAUUUAUCCUUUCAUGUCCAAAGAUGCAACAGAGAAAAUGCAACAGCUGCGCCAAAGCCGUGCCUUGUACAGAAGCUUGGACGCCGAAUUCCUCCAGGAGCAGCAACAAGAGAAGCAUCAGCAGUAUCACCAUAGGCAUCACUCAACAAUCCCAUACACUCUUUAUGAGCAGAGCAGCGAGAAGACUAAUGAGAUUGUGUUUGGGCCAGGCCAGGAGCAAGACCAGAUGAAUACUCAUCAGAAUAUCCACCACAGAGCUCACCAAUUUGUGAGUUACCCAUAUGGAUACUAUUCAUAGACAUGAGAAGUUGCUUAAUAUGAUAGUAGUAGUAGAGAUUGGGAAUUCAGGUAUAGUUUUUUAAAAUUUGUUGAGAAGGCACAAUAGGGAUUUGGGUAUUUAGAUCUCUCUUGUAAGAAAAGUACCAAAGAUUAAUCAUUCUUCCUUGAUAUAAAGAAAAAAAGAUGAGCAC